AUGUGCUACGAUGCCGAGUACAAAGUGCAGCUGGCAAUGUGCGUGAGCACCUGCCCAGGCCGCGGUCCGACACCAGCAAAGGAAGAGCAAGGUGGGACCUGUGCCGCUGGAGAUUCCUCUUGCAGAGCCCAGGGGUCAGGCGCCCGUCGCUUCCUCCUUUACGACACAAAGUACGGUGAGGGCUUCAACCUCCAACGUGAGGUUUAUCCUCGAGCUGGCUGGAUCGUUGCAGAGGCCAACAAGGCUUUGGCAGCCAAAUGCGGAUCCAAAAGUGACGGCGAUUGUGCUCGGUGGGUUCUCGUCUUACCACCCUGGUGCCAGGUUGCACAUUGGUGGACCGGUCCGGAGCACGUUUACUGGCGUACCUUUUUCGAUUCAGAUGCGCUCACGGACUCCAAGGUCCCCGUAAUCGAGUUUGACGAGUACGUCAAAGCGGUCGGGGGGCAGUCUGUGGACAUGGCCGUGUCUUUCGAGACGGAUCAGCUCUUGAAGCAGACGGAGCAGCUGACAGGUGGCAGCGGCAAGUUCAUGGGAUUUGCAGGGAGCAUCAGCGACUGCAAGACCAAAUAUGUGAAGCCGCUGGAGUUCCGCAAGCUAGCGACUGGCGAGUUCCAGAUCGUGUACGCAGGGCACUGCGAUGGCGCGAUCGCUGCAAAGGAGCUGCGCUGUGCCUCGCUAGACGGGCCGUGGCCACAGGGAGUGGUGGAUCUUGUCCUCGCCUUGACGUCGAAGGUCGGUUCUGUGCUGCUGAAGAAUUACGAUUAUCUUCUGUCCCCUGACAGUGAGCAGCUGGAUGAGCUUGGUCUCCGGGAGUCGAUGCUCUUCGCAGCGGACUUGAGAGCUCAUGCAGACGAGUUCAUCCGGAAUGCGUUUCAGGGCGAAGGGUACUUGUCCGCGCACUGCCGACGAACGGAUUUCUUGAGAGCUCGGGAGAAGACCACCCCCGACGUGUCGAACAUAGCUUUGAAGCUGAACGAGGUGCUGGAGCAGGAAGGGCUGAAGCAGGUCUUCAUUGCUACCGAUGCGCCCGAUGACCUCAGAGCUGCGCUGCAGGAUCAGGUGCACGGAGUCGUUGUCUUCUACGAUAAGAAGAGCGGUGCCAAGCAAUUCGACCACAAGGGCAAGCAGGCCACGAUCCGCGGCGAGGGCUGGGCUGUGUAA